UGGGUUCGAUACCGGAGUUACCAGCACGUUCAUGCCGAGAAAUAAAAGCUAGCGAAGGAAAAAACAUUGCAAGCAACAAAUACUGGCUGGAUCCAUCUGGCACAGGGAAGGCAGUUUUGGUUUACUGUGAUAUGAAUUGGGAAGGAUUUACAGCUGUUUUUACAAAUCUUGGUAAGAGUGGAACAAAGGGUCCAGACUUAGUUGGCAGUCACUACACAGGUCAGGAUCAUGACGGACAAGUUACAGUGUCCAACGGUACUCAACUGUGGACUGUGCCACACACUGGUGAAUACAGAAUAGAAACAAUAGGAGCCUCAGGGGGGUACGGAAAAGACACUGUUAUCAAGAACAGAGGGAGAGGGGCUCGGAUGAUUGGAAACUUUAUGUUGACCAAAGAUGAGAUCAUUCGUAUACUUGUUGGUCAAAGAGGGGAAAGAUCGAAUUCUUACAAAAAUGCUGCCGGAGGCGGAGGAGGUACAUUUGUAGUAAGAGGAGACAACAAGCCUUUGAUCAUAGCUGGAGGUGGAGGAGGAGUUGCUAACAUGACAGAACAACAUUCAGGAUGUGAUGCGUCCAUAAACACAACAGGGAAUGCAGGGCAUAACUCGCCAUUCCUGUCAGGAGGAAGUAACGGAAAUGGAGGACAAACUGAUAAACCGCACUCUGGCGGUGGUGGCGGCGGCUUUUACAGUAAUGGAGAAGACUCAGAGAAUUCUGGUGGAGGGGGAAAGGGAGGUAAAGGAUUUCUGGCCGGAGGAGAGGGGGGAGCAUAUCGGGGUGGUUUCGGAGGUGGGGGUGGUUCUCGUUCUAGAGGUGAGAUACCUGGAGGCGGUGGAGGGUACUCCGGGGGAAGUGGAGGUGCGAAUAAAGAUCUUUCCUGUGGGGGAGGGGGAGGUUCUUUCAACAACGGAACAAAUCAGCAAAAUGAAUGUUGUUAUAAUACUGCUGGACAUGGUAAAGUGAUCAUUACAUUUCUUCACUGAAAUGCAUGGCAGCACUUUCCCUAGAGUGUAGUGGUAAUUCUGUUUUGAAGCGCUUAUUGAUAUUGGUUUUUAAACUCAAUUGCUUUUAAUUUUUUUGGGUCAUUAUUUAGAUUUUACUAUUAAGCCGUGUUACUGUAAGACAAACAGCGCAACAUGUGGUUCUAGAGCCGUUUAUAUUUGAGGUUAGAAUUAAAAUUCACUAACAACAUUUGUUAGAAUAAGUGAGUUUGUGAAUUUUUACCGGCCUAACCUACUCCCCCGGGGGGGAGGGAUGGAGUAGGGGA